AUGUCUAUCGCCGAUAUUCAAACAUUGCUUGGCCACGAUGUGAUUCUACUUAUUGGAGCACCAUUGUCAGGUAAAGGUACGCAAAGAAAACUUCUUGCCAAAGCCCUUGAUCGACCAUACGUUUCAUCCGGAGAUCUUUUUCGUGCCGAAGUGGCAAGUGGAAGUAAACUGGGUCAACAAAUAAAGACUUAUAUGGAUGCUGGUGAGUUAAUUCCAAACGACCUUACAACAACAUUUCUCACUAUCAAAUUGAGUGAUUCGAUUUAUCACAAAGGCAUGAUCUUGGACGGCUAUCCUCGUAAUAUAUCUCAUCUUACCAUCCUUGAUGGUAUAUUGAAAAAUCUGAAUCAACGCAUUUUCAUUGCAAUCUAUUUGGAUGCAUCCAAGGCGCAACUCAACGCGCGUCGUGCACAGCGUGGUCGAACAGAUGAUGAUGCCGACACUUUUGAACGUCGGUACACAGUUUUUCAAGAAGAAACAUUGCCCUUAAUUGACGUACUUAAAUCAAGAAAUCAACUUGUCAAGAUCGAUUCUCACUCUGAAUCUCCUGACAAAAUCAAUCAACGAAUACUUUCAGAGAUGAUUGCUCUGUGUAAAUAA